AUGGACGCGCUGAGGAAGCAGCUGGACCAGCUUAUGGGGGCCAAUCGAAACGGCGACGUCCGAGAGGUCAACCGCAAAUAUUACGAUCGCGAAGUGUGUCGCCUCUACUUGGUCGGGCUCUGCCCCCACGAGCUUUUCCAGUUAACGAAAAUGGAUAUGGGUCCCUGCCCUAAGGUCCACUCGUUGCAGCUCAGAAAAGAAUACGAAGAAGCCAAAGCAAAAGGGACUGAUAACUAUGACAGAGACCUGGAGGAUGUCAUAGAUAGGCUCAUUGUUGAGUGUGAUAGGAAAAUUGCUAGAGCUCUUAAGCGCCUUGAGGAUGAUGAUGCAAAGGCUGCUAUUGCAAUUUCUGUCUCUGAAGUUACUCAGACGCCAGAGGUACUCGAGUUGUCAAAGCAGAUCAAGGAAAAGUUGAAAGAAGUUGAUCAAUUUGAUCUUGAAGGCAAGACAGAUCUUAAGAUUCGGGCUAUGGAGAUAGUAGACGAACUCAGAGGCAAGAGAGCAGAUAAACAGUCCAUGCUUCUUUUGGAUGCUUUCAAUAAGGAUAGGGCAUCCUUACCUCAACCCCUGCCAAACCCGCCACCUUUGGCACCCUUGCCUGUAGUUGUUCCCGAUGCCCGAACACAGGAAAUGAUAAAUGAAAAGUUGAAGAAGGCAGAGGACCUUGGUGAGCAAGGAAUGGUUGAUGAGGCACAAAAAGCGCUGGAAGAGGCUGAAGCACUGAAGAAGCUGCCUGCCAGACAGGAGCCUAUCCUGGAUUCCUCCAAGUACACUGCUGCUGAUGUGCGCAUUACUGAUCAAAAGCUACGUGUUUGUGACAUCUGUGGAGCAUUUUUGAGUGUUUAUGACAGUGACCGUCGUUUAGCGGAUCACUUUGGCGGGAAGCUUCAUUUAGGCUAUAUGCAAAUCCGUGAGAAGUUAGCAGAGCUGCAGCAUUUUAGGCAAAGUGCUCUGGUAGUGUUUCAAAUCUAUAGAGAUUCUCAUAAUAUGGUAUCUUCGCCAUCACCACCACCACAACCACCCUCGAUUGCUCCCUCUUCCUCUCUCACAGACCCAAAACCCAGCCCCCUCCCUAAGAAUAUGCAACAGUCAUCAAAUAGUGUUCCAAAGAAAAGAGGAAUUGGGGUGGAUCCUCGCUGGAGGUCGACGAAACGGACUGGUAGAGUUGCUAUCAGGAAGAGAGAAACAAGAUUCGCAAGGUUGAUCGGUCUGAGGAUAGGAGAUCAAAAGAGCGAAGUAAGGAACGCGACAGGGAAUCAAGUAGGGAUAGGGAACGAGGAGAUAGCCGCGACCGAGGUAGGGAUCAUGAUCGUAGGAGCAGAGAUCGUGAUAGGUAUUAUGAUCGAGAUCGCGGAUAUGAUCGCGAGCGUGACAGAGAUUCAGAUCGCUCCCGCAAUUAUGAUUCAAGAAGUCGCCGUAGGUCACGCUCACGAUCAAGGGAGCGUUCCAGGGAUUAUGAUCGCCACAGGCGUUACGAUCGGUACUAGGUCAUCCUUGCUAUGGAGCAUGUGGCAAAAGCAUAAUUUGUGUUCUUGUCUAGGUCAGUUUUAA